AUGGUCUCAUCUUCAUCCGUGGUGAUCGAUCUGGGAGGCCUAGUGUUCAGCCACUCCUUGGCUUGCCCCUCGAGAAUAAAUGGGAAGUACCUCAGCUGGAUGGCAUCGACUGGGACCCCAUUUAUCUUGAUCCCAUCUAUGAGCUCGUGGAACCGCCUCGGGUGUGAUCGGGGGCAUUCUCCCUCCUUGCCACAGAAUACCACCGAGCCUCGCAGCAUGGUGAUGAUAGAGGUACUCACCUAA